AUGACAGAUAAAAAAACUGCCAAACAUCAUGCCCAGAAUGACAACAACAGAAAAAUAGAUAAAAUCAUUAAUGUUUUGACAGCUGAAGUAAAUACUGGUGAAACUGAUAUGGACAUAGAUCAAAUUGAAGAAUAUGUUGAAGAUAACAAUCACUCUAUUGGUGCACCCUCACCAGAGCAGUAUGUCCAUACCUACUUACCUCUUUUGGUGGAAGAAUCUCUUUUUGGAACAGAAGAGUAUACUUCAGAGUAUGAGUCUGAAUAUGAAUUGUCAGAUGAAAUUGAGCCAGAAGAGCAAGACAGAGAGGAAGAACAGACAAACCUCCCAGAAAAUUUUUGGCAUAGAGUAAUUGCCAUUUUCACUGUAAUGUUUAUUUUGACUUUCAUUGUGGAUGACAGUGCUGUGAUCUUGAUUACGUUCAUCAAUACAAUACUUUCACAUUACAGAGAGGAUUUCCAACUUUUUAUAAGUAUUCCUGGUCUGAAGAAAAUGACAGGGUACAAUGACUUGAUGAACGAGGUGUCCAAUUACAUAGCAUGCAGUGAUUGUCAUACCUUAAGAGUCAGCAGCAAGAUUUUUUGUGGAAACAAUAUUCAUAAGCACAGUAUAAGAAAUGCAAUGAUUCCCAAACGUAUAUUCAUCUACAACUUGUUGACAGCUUCCUUGAAGAAAUUGUUCAUGCGACUUUCUUUCAAAAAGAAUAUCAAUCAGUGGAACCGCAAGCCAAAGGUUGAUGGCACUUUAUUUAAUGUUUAUAAUGGGAAAUUGUGGAAAAAGUUUGUUGAUUAUGAAGGUGCCUAG